AUGUUUGGAAUUAAGGGUGUUUCGAAAGAUGGUAUUAUAUUUACGGGGUACCUAUUGGUUGGGUAUCACAACCACCUCCAAUCCUUAGGAACUUGCCUUGAUAGCCAUGAGAAUGGAAAGAUCACAAUGUGCCUGUGGGACCAUAAGGUUAAGGGACUCUUCUUCCACCAAACCGCAUUCAGUGUUAGCUUAUCCAAUGUCAAGAGCUUCAUUCAAGAUGUGCAAAAACUAGUUGAUUUGGAGCCUAAAGCAUUGAGUGUCCUAGACUUGUACAAUGGAGUCCUCAUGAGGUAUGUGAAGUCCUUAAGUGCUUUCUUAGGCAAACAAGAAGGUGGUGUAGACUUUGAUAUCACUUAUUAUCGGAGCAAAGACCCAAUGACCCCUAGGCUUUAUGAAGACAUACUUGAGGAGGUGGAGCAGCUUGGCUUGUUCAAAUACGAAGGGUUGCCCCAUUGGGGCAAGAAUCGAAACGUAGCGCUUGAUGGUGUAAUCAAAAAAUACAAGAAUGUUGGAGAGUUCUUGAAGGUGAAGGCGAGGUAUGAUCCAUUAGGGAUUUUCUCUAGCGACUGGACAAACCGAUUACUUGGAUUGCAAAACGGAGUGACAAUGGUCCAGGAGGGUUGUGCUCUAGAAGGGUUGUGUGUAUGCUCUCAAGAUGUCCAUUGUGCCCCAAGUAAAGGCUACUAUUGUCGACCGGGAAGAGUUUACAAGGACGCAAGAGUUUGUACUAAGUUAAGUUAA